UUGAAAGUGUGUGAAGGAAUCAGAAGCAAAUGAGAAGGGAGGAAAAUAAAAGAAAGUGGAGACUGCUGAAAAGACUCAACCGUGGUUGAUUUUUAUCCCGUGUGUGCUCCAGAUACAGUGUUUAGUUUUGGGUUUUGUUUUGGGGUGGGGUUUUUAGGGGCCCUUAUUUUUAAAGCCACAACAGCUCUCCCUUUCUCUACUAUCUAUAUAUCUCCAACCCCUUGCUGGCUCUUAUGGGCAUGAAACACUCUUCCCGCUGCCUGCUCCUAAGGAGGAAAAUGGCGGAGAACGCUGCCGAGAACACCGAGGUCAGCAGUGCACCCUCCCAACCCCCUCAGCCUGUUGUGGCACCCAAGCCUGCACAGUGUGUCCACCAUGUAUCCACCCAGCCCAGCUGCCCUGGACGAGGAAAGAUGUCUAAACUGCUGAACCCAGAGGAGAUGACCUCAAGGGAUUACUACUUUGAUUCCUAUGCUCACUUUGGGAUUCAUGAGGAAAUGCUGAAGGAUGAGGUGCGCACACUUACCUACAGAAACUCCAUGUACCACAAUAAGCACGUGUUUAAGGACAAGGUGGUGCUGGACGUUGGGAGUGGCACGGGCAUCCUUUCUAUGUUUGCUGCUAAAGCAGGGGCCAAGAAGGUGUAUGGGAUCGAAUGCUCCAGUAUUUCUGACUACUCAGAGAAAAUUAUCAAGGCCAACCACUUGGACAACAUUAUCACCAUAUUUAAGGGUAAAGUGGAGGAGGUGGAGUUACCGGUGGAAAAGGUAGACAUCAUCAUCAGUGAGUGGAUGGGUUAUUGUCUUUUCUAUGAGUCAAUGCUUAACACAGUGAUCUUCGCCAGGGACAAGUGGCUGAAACCUGGAGGGCUUAUGUUUCCAGACCGGGCAGCUUUGUACAUGGUAGCAAUUGAAGAUAGACAGUACAAGGACUUCAAAAUUCACUGGUGGGAGAACGUGUACGGCUUUGACAUGACCUGUAUCCGGGACGUCGCCAUGAGAGAACCCCUGGUGGACAUUGUCGACCCAAAGCAAGUGGUGACCAAUGCCUGUUUAAUAAAGGAGGUAGACAUUUACACUGUGAAGACUGAAGAGCUCUCAUUCACAUCCGCAUUCUGCCUCCAGAUUCAGCGCAAUGACUACAUCCACGCCCUGGUCACCUAUUUUAAUAUUGAAUUUACCAAGUGCCACAAGAAAAUGGGAUUUUCCACAGCCCCUGAUGCUCCUUACACCCACUGGAAGCAGACAGUUUUCUACUUAGAAGAUUAUCUCACUGUCAGGAGGGGUGAGGAGAUCUACGGGACCAUUUCAAUGAAACCAAAUGCAAAAAAUGUGCGGGACCUUGAUUUCACAGUGGACUUGGACUUUAAGGGACAGCUGUGUGAAACAUCUGUAUCUAAUGACUACAAGAUGCGUUAGCACACAAAGGAAUUUGCAGAAAGUAAAAAAAAAAAAAGAAAAAAAGAAAAAAAAGAAGCACUGUCUCAUCUUGAUCUGCUGCAUUUGCCCACCAAGGAAAUCUGUUUGCAGGAUUACGCAAGUGGACCUCAGUGUGUUAUCUCGGCCCAGAAGUUUGGUCACCUCAAGGGGCUCCCGGCAAGCCUUACUCUAUGUUGGAGAUUCAAAAGAACCCCCAGCUCAGCUCUGAAAGUCCAACCUAAAGGUCAUAUUGGCGAAGAGAUGCUGGUGCUCCAACAAAAGCCCCCCUGAAGAUGGAUACCAGUUGUAUUCUUUAACUGUGAAUCUCUGGCUCUUCCAAGUUUUGCAUGCUGCUGGCAAUUAGGGCAGACUGUUUACAUUAAAACGCAGAGACAUAGUGUCUUUGAUAGCUUAACCAA